AUGAACAAGGAGAUAAAAGGUAUGAUACGUAAAUACGAGAUUUGUCAAUGUGAAAAAUGACGAGAACUAGACUCAGAGAACCAGCUUACAUCCCUGACACCACCUAGAGACCCAACUGAUAAAAUAGCUAUGGACAUAUACGGACCAUUACAAAUGACCAGCAAAGGUAAACAAUGUGCAAUACUAACAGAUCAGGGCGCAAAUUUUGUGUCAAAAUUGAUGAUGGAAUUUGAAGAAGCUUUUAGGAUAAAGCAUAUUAAAACCACUAACUUCCUCCAACAUGGCAAUGGCUCCUUUGUACGUGCACAUUCCUUAAUAGGAGAUUUAAUGAGGACUUGUACUGAACACAAAGGUGGAAAAUGGGACGAGAUAUUGAACCUAGAUUGUUCUGGAUAUAACACUGUAAUACAUGAGGAUAGAGAAUGUACACCUUUUGAGUUGAUUUUUGAUAGAAGGGCCAACUUGCCCAGUGCAAUAGCUGCAACUACUGCAAUGAGCAAGGAAGAAAUAUUUCUUUUAUGA